AAUCUUUAAGGUGCAAUUCACGACGUUCUUCCAUCAACUCACAAGCUGAGUUCCACGCUAGGAAAGAAGAGAGGGUCGUCGAAGAAAUCUUUCUUGUUUUGAGCAAAGCAAGUGGCACGCCAUUUCAUCUGCCACGUGUCAAGGAGAUUUUUUGGGAUAACAGUCUUCCCAGAGUGCAAGCGCGGACUGAAGAAGGACUCCUGGUUUGGUGCAAUUACAUUGGCACCAUCUGUGGGAAUCGAACUGAAAGCCUUCUAGUUGCUCUUUCAUCAUGGUCCACACUCGAUCAGUCAGAGCUGGUAAUUCAUCUCUGCCUCAUGGGCAGGGUCAACCCCCCACCAACCUUCCACCUCUGAUCCCACCUCAACUCCCACCUCAGCCUCCACCUCAGUUAGUACUGGCUCAGCUUUUAGCCAGAAGCAAUCCUAAUGACCCCCUCAUUAAUUUACUGAACCCUACUCAACAACCCCCAGCUCCACAACAAAAUCCUCAACCAGUUCAGCAUGCUCCCGCUAUUAGUGAAUCUCAGGGUCAAUCCCAUAUAGCACCCGCUCAACAACCUAUCCCUGAUGAUGUUACUCGCCGCCUCGAUAGCUUGGAAAAGCUAGUGGUUGAACACCGAGGUGCUCCACCACCACACCAUGCUGCUGAUUCUAUACCUCACCCUCUGAAUACCAACAUUACACUGGAACCCUAUCUUGCUGGCUUCAAAAUACCACAACUGGAGACUUAUGAUGGAACGAAGGAUCCCGAUGACCACCUGCAUGCUUUCUACUCUUGUAUGCAAGCUCAGAACGCCUCCAACGCGUUGAUGUGCAAAAUCUUCCCUUCUGCUCUUCGAGAAAUGGCAUCUGCCUUUGCCACUAAGUUUUCCAGUAGAAGGUUGAUUAGGAAAACUACGUCUGAGCUGAUGAGAGUUAAACAAAGGGAUGGAGAAUCCCUAAAGAACUAUAUGAGCAGGUUCAAUGAUGCGGUAUUGGAGGUUAGUUGCUUUGAUCAAGCUGUGGGGAUUGCAGCUGUAAUCUCCGGUCUUAAGCAUGACAGGUUCAGAGACAGUUUGAUCAAGCAUGCUGCCGCCACCUUCAGCGAGGUAAACGAUAGGUCUUUGAAGUUUAUAACCGCCGAGGAGUAUGCCUUGGCGCAGAAUCUGACUCCCAUUAAGAACCAGAACCCAGAGUGGAGAGAUGACAAUCCGAGCCGGAAAAGGAUGAGGAUGGCGCAGAACCGAGAGCAGUGUAACAGUUUAAAGUCUGAACUAGAAAGUUUAGCUCAGAAGGGAAUGCUGAAUGAGUAUGUUCAGAGAGCUGAACAGCCGAGAUUUGUCAGAGAACAGAGGCCACAGCCUCAAGGAGUCCGUAAUCCCCCAAAUAGGCAAGGUGUGGGAUAUCAGCAAGCCCCACCUCCGCUCCCACCACCAACUAGAAUCAUACACAUGAUUACGGGAGGCCUUGAAGCAGGUGGACUGAGCUCUAAGCAGCGAAAGCUGUAUGUUAGAGAGGUUAAACAAAAAAACCGAGCUCAGAAGCGUAAGAUUGACGAUGCUGAGUGGAAGAAUCAACCCAUUACUUUCACAUCUGCUGACCUUGACACAGUUGUUGCACCCCACAAUGAUCCUCUGGUCACUACUGUCAUGAUCAAUAACUGUGAAAAAUAUGACGGUCCUAUCUAUGGUUUCAACAACCAACCUGUUCCGGUAGAAGGAGUUCUUACCCUCCAUGUGGCUUUUGGGAGUGGCCGGACCUAUGUAACCCCUUCAGUCCGAUUCCUCGUCGUCAAGAUGGCGUCCUCUUUCAACAUUGUCAUUGGCAAAGAUCAGACACCCGAGGCCAUUCCCCAGCGAAUUCCUGAUACUCAGCAAGUUAUGGGUGUAGAGAUCGUCGAUAAUCGACUGGACGAUGAAGCCAGAGCUGCUCCAGUCGAAGAUGUUGAAGAAGUGCUCGUUGAUGACAGAGAUCCAAGCCGAAAGACACAGAUUGGAACUAGAUUGAACCCAGAGGAAAAGAUAUGCCAGGAAUUCCAAUGUCAACAUAAGCUCAGUACCAACCCAUUGAAGAAACCAGUGGCCCAGAAGCGGCGUCUCUUCGGGGGUGAGAGGCUUCAGGCUAUUAAAGAAGAGGUAGAGAAGCUCCUACAGGCUGGUUUUGUCAGGAAAGUUGAUUACUGUGAAUGGGUGGCUAACCCAGUCCUAGUGAAGAAGGCAAAUGGUAAAUGGCGAAUGUGCAUUGAUUAUACAAAUCUUAACCAUGCCUGCCCCAAGGAUUGCUAUCCGAUGCCGAGCAUUAACAAAUUAGUUGAAGCGGCUUCAGGCAAUGAGAGGUUAAGCCUCUUGGAUGCAUAUUCUGGGUAUCACCAAGUGCCAAUGGCUCCCGAAGAUGAAGAGAAAACCUCGUUCUAUGCUGGCGAUGAAAUUUAUUGCUAUGUCAUGAUGCCGUUUGGCUUAAAGAACGUUGGUGCUACUUAUCAAAAAAUGGUGACCAUCGUCUUUCGAGCUCAGAUCGGCAAGAAUCUGGACGUGUAUGUCGAUGACGUCGUAGUAAAGAGCCGGAAAGCAGAAGACCAUCUAGCCGAUCUCGAUGAAACCUUCAACAACCUCAGAAAGAACAGGAUGCAGUUGAAUCCAGCCAAAUGUAUUUUCAGCGUGGAGUCUGGAAAGUUUCUGGGUUUCAUGGUGUCCCGAAGAGGGAUUGAGCCCUUCAUCGAUUCAUAUCGAAGUCAACAGAUAAGUGCCUGCCAUUCUUCAAGAUCAUGAGGUCGGCUGCCCAGAAGGAUGAAUC